ACUGAACCAACUAACCAACCAACCAACAAACCAACCAGCUAGCCACCCAACCAGCCAACCAGUCGACCAAACAACCAAACAACCAAGCACCCAACCUACCAAACCAACAAGCAAGACAAAGCCAUGAAGAGGAAGCUCUUUGAGACCCCGCCGGAGGAGCAUUUAGCGUGGGUGGACAGCAGCACGAGCGGAGGGACUCCAGGAGACUGCUGGCUUCGCUGCUUGCUGUGCCAGAGGUGGGUUCAAGACAAAGCAUCCCACUCUGAUGGACCCGAAGCUUCGAAGCUUCACAAGACCCUUGGAAUGCGACCCAUCCGGUGCCGCUGGAAGAGUGGGAGACUGCUUUUUUUUGUCGUUUUUGGUUGUUCUCUCUCUCUCUCUCUCUCUCUCUUUCUCUUCAGUAUUCUUCAGGGGGGGCCUGAAUGAUCUCGAGAUAUUGGUCUUUAGAUGUUUUUGUGAACAGGGUGACUGGACUCGGGUCCUAAUACUUCAAACCUGAUUGGGAUCGACAGGCUUCUCGUUGCACCAAGGAAGUACAUGAAGUGCUGGGAGAAGUAUCGCGGCCAAGUCCGGGAGGAGAAAAAGAAACAUCACCCAGAGAUUGAGCUAGAAGUGUGGCGCCCCAGCGGGAUUGCUGUGCUGGUGUGGUCGACGCAUCGCAAGUCAUCAACUUGCGUCUUCAAAUGGCAAAAAUGCAGCCGAUAGCGGCAAUGCUGCUGGCCCUGGUGCCAGCUCAAGUGAUGUUCAGUCCGAAGCUGUGGACGUGGUGUCCAACGAGCACGAGACAGAUGAUCCGGAGAUGCAGCGGCUGAAGGGCCAAGUCAGAGCUCUCUUCGAGGGCCUUUGACGCGAAGCUGUGAACCCUACUUUUCCAGCUGCGGUCGCUGGAGGGAAGGAGUCUGGAGCUCGACGUGGCGUACGUCAGUCGACAGAGCGACAGCCCGACGUCAGCUCGACGUGGAACAUGAAGGCGAUCCACACCGUGACAGCCGUGACAGCCGUGGCAGCUGGUCAACAUGUGCUUUGACGCAAGAGGCUAC